UUUGAAACCAUGUUGAAGUCAUUAUUAAGGUUCAAUCUGGUUGGUGGGAGUGUGAGCAAAAACCAUAUGAGGAGCAAACCCUAUGGAAAUUCCAUGAUGGCCACUUUGCAGAAUAACUUUUCUCUCCUGCAGUGUAGACAAUGGUGUGUGCAGAGUGUCUCAGGUGGGCCACAGCCUUCAGCCACCACGGCAACCGUCUGCAUCUUUGUGUCUUUGGUUCAUAUCCGAUGUGUUUUUAUUACUUUUUUCAGAGUUUGGUCUGAGAUUGGAAAAGCCUUUUUAGAUGGGUCACUUGAUAAAAAUGCCACUAGAAGAAAACAGUAUCAAGACAUCCUCAUGCAGUUGGAAUCUAUUUUAAAGAAAAUUAUACAGGAACAAAAAGGAAGGAACUUUAGUCCACCUAUCUUCAUUGACUCCUUAAUACAAGGAAACCUUAAUGAGCCGCAGAUCCUAGAAGACAGUAUGAUAUUUUCUCUGGCUGAUUGCAUAAUAACUGCCAAGUUGUGUACCUGGGCAAUCUGCUCUCUGACAACUGGGGAUGUUCAGAAGAAGCUCUAAAAGGAGAUAGACCAAGUUUUUGGGAAGGGUCCUCUUACUUCAGAGAAAAUUGAGCAGCUAAGAUAUUACCGACCAGUGCUUUGUGAAACUGUUCAGACUACCAAACUAACCCCAGUUUCUGCCUGGCUUCAAGACAUUGAAGGAAAAGUCUGCCCAUUUGUUAUUUCUAAGGAGACCCUCAUUCUUUAUGCCCUUGGUGUGGUUCUUCAGGACCCCAGCAUUUGGCCGUCACCUCACAAGUAUGACCCAUGUUGUUUUGCUGACGAAUCAGUGAUGAAAGUGUUUUCUUCCCUUGGUUUUUCUGGCACAUGGGAAUGCCCAGAGCUGAGGAAAAUGACGGAGACAACAGUAGGAAAAAGAAGAUACCGUUCUCACCUGCUCAGAACUAGAUGCUCUCGCUAUGACAGUGAAGAAUCUGUGUGA